CCAGGUUCAUAGCGUAAAUCCAAAGGCUAAGCCUCCUUGCAAGUCCCAGCAUCCUGGCAGGGCUGGAGGAAUGCCACAAUGCAGAGUCCCUCAGCGAGCCUGACCGGAUCUGCCUAUGGAAGCGCUCCUGUGUUCACAAAGGGUCUACAAAACAUAAGAGCUACGAAGGGUCAGUUAGUGGUGUUUGAAUGCCGCAUCCGUGCUACACCCACCUUACAGGUUCACUGGUACAGAGAAUAUGACCAGAUCAUAGACUCUGCUGACUUCCGAAUCCUAAGGAAAAAGGCUUGUUCAUCAGCACUUCCUGAGGAAGUCUGCACCCUGGUUAUUACAGAAGCUUUUCCAGAAGACUCUGGGAUAUUUAAAUGUGUGGCUGAAAAUGAAUUUGGAUCUGCAGCAUCCAGUGCUCAUCUCUCUGUGUCCCCAGGAGCAAAAGAGCUGGAAAGCUUUGCAGGUGCUGCCCACAGGCCUGCUGUGCAAGUCACCAUGAAGAAACCCACCUUCCCUAGGAACAGCCAGGCAGGAGCCAAGGAGCGAGACCUGGCUGGGCUGUCCUACAGCACAGAGCCCCCGGGCAUGGGUGGUCGAGGAGAAGCCACAACCUUCGGGCAGAUGAAUUCCAAGAGUGAAGCUGAUGAUUUUCAUGGAGCUUAUGAGGAUUCACCUCAGGCUUCACCUCUGCGGUAAGACAGCAUCACAUCCCGGGUUAGCUUUAUACAAUCCUUAGGGGAUGGACUGUCUGGUGACCCCACAAUUCAGCCAUAAAGAUCCUGAGACCCCAUACAUGAACAGGGAAAGAGGCAGAUGCAGUAAACAGCAUUUUCACCAGUGCCUAUCUGUAAGUAACGUUAAAGCAUGGCCCCAGAUAAUUCGUCUCUAGAAGACUUUUGGCGCCAUAGCAGAGCAUGAGGCAGAGGUGACAGUACCUGGGGUGCAGUUCUGUAGCCUCAGCCAAAUGGCAUCACCUCAUGUUUCCAUUUCCCAUUCUGAAUGAGAGCAAUAAAACUCGAGAUCCUGGCAGUGUGGUGCAGAUGGUACCUGCAAAGCACUUUAUGGAGGAAAAGCACUGAACCGGUGACCCACUGGAUAGAAUGCAAACUGUCCUGUGCCACAGCAGUGA